AUGCUUCUGGGUCGCGCGUCUGCGGCUCGCUAUCUGGCUAUAGUCUUCGUUUUUUCGAUCUUGGUCCUCUUCUUAAUUCCUCAUAGGGAGACUCGACCAGCACUUAAAGCCACCAAGAGUAGUUUCGAUUGGUCGACCCUACCACCAUUCCAUGAUCCUGCACCUCUGAAUCCACUGCCCUCAGGCAAAAUUCAACGCCUCCCGCCUAUUCAGCACAAUUUCCCUAAGAAACACCGUUUCCUGCAAACCUCGCAACAAAAUCGGCGCGAUGUCGUCAAAAAGACGUUCCAGCGAAACUGGAAAAGCUACAAGGAGUUUGCAUGGAUGAAAGACGAGCUGGCUCCUCUUUCUGCCACGGGCAAGAACACUUUUGGUGGCUGGGCCGCAACAUUAGUUGAUUCAUUGGACACACUCUGGAUCAUGGAUCUAAAACAGGAGUUUUGGGAGGCCGUCCAAGUCGUUGCAAUAAUCGACUGGGCCGACACUCAGGAAACAGCGUGUAAUCUGUUUGAGACUACAAUUCGCCAUCUAGGAGGCCUGCUCGCGGCCUAUCAGCUAAGCGGGGAACCAGUUCUUCUGGAGAAGGCCGUUGAAUUAGGAAAUAUGCUGUAUGCCGGGUUUGAUACCCCUAACCGAAUGCCUGCGUUCUGGUUAGACUUCGAAAAGGCAAAGAACGGUCAACUCACUGCAGACACUCAUCAACCGUCAGCUGGUCCGGGGAGUUUGUCAAUGGAGUUUACCCGGCUGUCUCAGCUCACUGGCGAUCCCAAAUACUACGACGCUAUUUCGAGAGUUUCAAACUUGCUAUACCAGACCCAAAAUGCUACUAUGCUACCCGGCAUGUGGCCAACAUUCUUUAAUAUGAGAGAAGGAAUCCUCACUCAAGACAAUACCUUUACGCUCGGGGCACUCGCCGAUUCUUUAUAUGAGUAUCUACUUAAAAUGCACGCUUUACUCGGCGGUGCCGACCUAGGAUACGCAAAAAUGUAUUUAGCUGCAGCGGAGACGAUUAAGAACAACCUAUUAUACAGGCCCAUGACCCCGAAUAAUGAUGACAUUCUGUUUAUAGGUACCUUCCAUGCAGACUCAUCUGCUUGGCUCGACCCAGAAGGACAACACCUUACAUGUUUUACAGGCGGAAUGUUUGCCCUUGGUGGCCGUCUCUUCAACCAUCAGGAACACAUCGAUAUCGGCGCCAAGCUUACUAGAGGCUGUAUUUGGGCAUACAAGGCCUUUCCCACAGGUAUCAUGCCAGAAAUCUUUAGUAUGGUUAUCUGUGGCUCUCUAACUGGCUGUGUCUGGGACGAGGAGAAAUGGGAAAAGGAAGUUACAGGAGACCACGAAGGGCAUCUAUCACUACCGAAAGGAUUCCGCAAUGCUCGAGUACCAUCUUACAGUCUUCGUCCUGAAGCAAUUGAAAGUGCAUUUGUACUGUACCGCAUCACUGGUCUUGAGGAAUUUCAGACCGCGGCAUGGGACAUGUUUCAGGCAAUAGAGGCCGCUACUCAUACACCGUAUGGAAACGCUGCCAUCGACAAUGUUACCGUCAAUGGUAGACCAUCACAACGGGAUUCUAUGGAAAGUUUCUGGCUCGCCGAAACAUUGAAGUACUUAUACCUCAUCUUCUCCCCUAGUGAUUUACUCAGUCUUGACGACUGGGUCUUCAAUACGGAAGCACAUCCUUUGAGGAUAAUGAAGCCAUGA